UCUUAUUUCUAAGUCAGUUGUUCUAAAUAUGUUUGCAUCUGUUUCUUGUGUAGACUGAAAAGCUAACUAAGAGAGAAGUGGAAGCCAAAUUCUGUAAUCUCUCUCUCUCAUCAAGUAGUCUUUCUCGACUCUACAAAUUUAUUGAGCAAAAGGGAGAGCCAAGUAACGUAUUUCCAUUUUUAAACACAAUGAUUAAACAAAAAACGGGUGUCACUCAGCUCUUGAAGCAUGGCAUGAAGGAUCUAGAGGAAAUCAUUGGUCUGUUAAAGCAGCUUGGAAUAAAACUUCAGGUUUCGAUAAAUCUGGGACUAGUUUACAAAAUACAGCAGCACAAUGGUAUUAUCUUUCAGUUCAUAGCAUACAUCAAAAGAAGACAAAGAACCGUGCCUGAAAUCCUUGCUGCCGGAGGGAGAUACGAUCAUCUGAUACCACAAUUUAGAGGACCGCAGACAGUAGGACCAGUUCCUUCAGCUGUUGGAGUCAGCAUAGCUAUAGAUAAAAUAACAGCGGCUGUUUCCAGCAUGGAGGAUUCUGUGUCUGCCAGCUCCUGUGACCUCCUGGUUGUGAGUGCUGGUCAGAUGUCCAUGGGUAGAGCUAUCAAUAUCGUUCAGAAGCUCUGGACUGUGGGAAUUCCAGCUGAAAUAAUGUACGACUGGUCCCAG